CAGGGCCGGCGGGCGCGCUCCCCAGCCCUCGGCGCCGGAACCAUGUCGGGCAGGUCGGUCCGAGCCGAGACCCGGAGCCGCGCCAAGGAUGAUAUCAAGCGGGUCAUGGCGGCGAUCGAGAAAGUGCGCAAAUGGGAGAAGAAGUGGGUCACGGUUGGCGACACGUCCCUCCGAAUCUACAAGUGGGUCCCUGUGACGGAGCCGAAGGUUGAUGAUAAAAACAAGAAUAAGAAGAAAGGCAAGGACGAGAAGUGCGGCUCAGAGGUGACCACACCGGAGAACAGCUCCUCCCCAGGGAUGAUGGACAUGCACGAUGACAACAGCAACCAGAGCUCCAUAGCGGACGCCUCCCCCAUCAAACAGGAGCACAGCAGCAACUGCAGCCCUGCCCCGGAGCCCGGCGUGGCCCUGCCCAGCGACAGCAGUGAAGCCAAGGCUGAUGAAGUGCAGGCGGACGGCAAGGAGCACCCAGGGGCUGAAGAUGCUGCUGACGAGCAGAGCUCACAGUUGUCGGUGGAAAACUCCAGCGGUUCGGAGAAAGUGGAGCGGCAGCCGUCUGCAGAGUCGGGACUGGCCACGGAGUCGUCCACAACUUCUCAGGAGCUGGAAGGGGGGCCGCCCUCCAAGAAGCUGAAGCUGGAGGCCUCGCAGCAGAACCCCGAGGAGAUGUAGGCUCUAGCUUCGUCUCCGGCCGUGUGUCCUGGCGGGGGGCACCCGCAGGCUGCAUCCUGAACCCCGAGGCCCGGGCGGGACCCUCAGGUGCGGACAGAACCACUCAGUUUCCAGUUUACCAAGUCGAAUCCAAGGACACCCGAGCCCCUGCGUCACUUCUCAGACGCUGAAGACCUCUGCUGCGAAGCAAGACCCCUCGAACCUUGACGGGACCCCUCCUCGGGGAGGCGGACGACAGCUCAGGAGUCUGCACACUGUCCUGGGAGCCAAGAUGACAUUUGUGUUGCUGCUGUGUCCCCCCCACUCUGUCUCACAAAUAUAAGCUAUGGGAGGCUGGAGCCCUUCGGGAGCCCGCUUCCUGUCGGGGCUUGUCACUGUUCCACCGAUUCCUUCCGCUUUCUUUUUCUGUGCCUUGUGCCCUUGAGGUGACCUCCGGCAUGUCUCCUGGUUGUUUUGCGUCUCCCUUUGCAAAGUGCCCUCUCUCGGCGGUGGCUGCCAUCUGACCCGCCUCUCUCCUCCCUGCCCUGAGACUGCUUGGAGAGCCAGCAGGGUGCAGCUGUGGGGGGAGCCGGGCACCCCAGCCAACCUGGCCUCCUGCUCCAGGCCACAGCCCCUGCCCGCCCGGGCCUUGGGUGCCGGGUGUUCCUGGGACCCGCAAGCCCUUGGAUGUCUCUGGCACUUCUACACCCCUGUCCUCACUUAGGCCCCCCUCUUCCGUCCUCUGCCAUCUCCCGGGCCUCGAAGGACAAGACUGUGGCGACUUCAUCUCCUGAGACAGCAUCAGGGGUGAGGGCCGGGGAGGCCGGGAGCAGGUGGCAGGCCGAGCUGGUGCUGAACCCUCCCUGGGAUGCCGCUGGAUUCAGAUCCACGGGACCUAUCACCCCGGCACCCCGAGGGCGUGGGCAGGGAGCCCACUCCUGUCACGUGGUACUGACUCAGCCACAGCGUGGGGCUCAGUCCCAGGACGAGCCCUCGGUCUCAGCGGAGAGCGGCCUUGAUGAUUGGGCCUUAAAGGCCAGAAAAGCACCCAGGACUUGGGAAGCUUUGCACACCUUCCAGGAAGGAGGCCCCACAGAAGUGGCCCCUGACAGCAACUUCCCAUCUCCAUGGAGAUGAUGCAGGCACCCACCCUACGACAGUCAGUUUUGGGGCCUGGUUUGUUCUGAUGACUCUGGGACUCGCUCCUUAGACCCUAAAGCUUCUCCUAAGCUUUCUUUACUGCACUGGAGUUUUGGCUCCCUUUGAGUCACGUGUUCCUGGGGUGGGGGCUGUGGGUUUUGUUCUGUUUCUGUUUUGUUUUGGGGGCUAAAUUGGUGCAUAUUCAGGUACCACCUUCGCUGUGGGGCUCUUUCUCCCACCGCCUCGGGAAGUGUCUGCCAGAUUCCGUUUUCUAAGAGUUUCUGAGGGCGAAGCUCCUUUUUUUUUUUUUUUUUUUUUUAAAGGGAGCCUAUCUAUUUCCUGCACUUCAAAAAGAAUCAGAAAUGUUCCUGAAUUUCAAAUACCUCAUGCAAAAUGUCUCCUGAAAUAAGGGAAAAAAAAAAACUUUGAAAAUAUUAAUGUUGAAGUUAGCAAUGCUGAAAGAUUUCUGUCUUAAAAAAAAAAAAAAAAAAAACCCUCGUACUUCUCCAGCCUGCCCCUCAGGCAGCCAGUUCUGCUGAGCAUUGCAACCUGGGUCUCCUCUCAGCUGUGACCCACUGCAUGCGACCUGGCAACCGGUCUGAGGCUCUAGGCGGCUUGACCUCCAGAUCUCUCUUGGAGAUAGGAUGACGCCUUUCUUUGCAGCAAAACCAUUUCGAGGCAAGACAAAUUAAGAUAUUUCUCUAGGGAAAUGAGAGGUGACAUCUGAUGGAGAGUCCCACACACUAUCCACGGGGACAGCCGGCCAGCCAAGACCCCCCUGUGCCUGUCCGCACGGGCGAGGGGAGCUGGCGCAGCGGGGGAUGAUGGUGACGAAGUCCGAGGUCCCCAGGCUGUCCUUCGUUCUCUCUGAAGUGCCUGUAGGUAGGAAUGGGCCAGUGGUAGGGACCAGCCAGGCCCCGCCACAAACCACGGCCAGGCCAGGCAGAGCGCCGGCAGCCCCCUGCCGGCCAGAUGCCUUCCACACGGAUCGGUGACACUGCAGAAUCCAAUGUGCUUCCUUCUCAGCCACCCGCACCCCGCGCCCGUCCCACCGCAGAACCUGAGACCUGGCCGUGCCAGGGUGGAUCCUCGGGGACACCAGGCCCCAUGGCCUAAAGGGCUCCCAGGGCAAAUGUGAUCCCCAAGACGCCGAGGCGGGGAGGCUGUGGCUCCACAUUCCAGAGUGCUGGCACCAACCCUGGAACCCCGAGGCCGGGGACCGUUUCUCCUAGGGUGGUGACUGCCACCGGCAGGUGGUGUCAUGGUCAGAAUGUUCCUUAGCGCCGAGGACCUGCUUAGAGGGAUAAAGACCUUCUUUUCACUGUUACUUAAUGUUUUUUUUCCUCUUAUGAUUUUUUUGGUGUGUUGUACAGCAGUAUAAUUUUUCACUUAUUUAUUCCAUCAGUAGAUAUGGUUUGUACAAUGUACAAUGGUUCCAUUUCAGAGAAUAAAAUUCAAAUCAUGAGUA